GGGGAGAGCUGAUAAUCCUGAGGGGGGAAGAAAACGACGGCGGUGGGAAAUGGCCACUCAGGUGGAGGCUCUCCUGCCCGGCAACCCGCUUGCCAAAGCGGCGGAGGAACACGGUAAACUAGGCGUCAAGCCGCACGAAGAGCCGGAGGGCGGCCGGGGCGAGGAGGGGCCCGAGCGGAGUGUCGGCAGCGGCAGCCCCGGGCAGGGAGGGACCGCGGAGGAGCAGACCUCCGAACCGGGCAACGACGGCUGUGACAGCGACGACAAGCCGGCCGAGGAGGGCGGUAAAGGCGGCAGGAAGGAGUUCACCGAAGCGCCCCCGCCCAAGGUGAACCCGUGGACUAGGAAAAUGAACGCGGUGACCGUGGUCAGCGUGAACGGACAAGCUCCCACCGAGCCGACUGGACCGACCAAGGUGGUGAAAGCUGGGCAUCCACCCAAAGGAAGACGAGGAGGAAAGGUUGGAGAUUUUGGCGACACCAACAGUUGGCCGACUCCAGGAGAGAUUGCAACCAAAGACAUGCAGAUGGAGGCAGUGACACGGCCCGUGUCCUGCCCGUCGACUCACAGGCAGGUCAGAGACUCGUGGAGAAGCAGCGGUCCUAAAAGGAUAACGGCUAAGAAGGAGUUAAAGGAGAAGAGGGAGAGCAUCGAGGAGAGCAAGGAGAACCUGAAAGCCAAGUCGGACGACUCGGGAGAGGAGAAGAACGGGGACGACGACUCCCAGAAAAACGGGUCGAAGAAAAAAGGAAACAAGCAGAAGUGGGUUCCUCUGAUGAUCGAGGGUCCCAGGGAGCGCUCGGCCUCCAGGAACAACAGCCGACAGAACGAACACCCCCGCCUGCCUCCCAACGCCAGGAACGACCUGAGAGACUGGCAUAGUCAAAAGUACGAGCGAGAGUGGCGCGACGACCACGACGAGGUGUCCAGCGUCAAGAGCGAGGGGGCUCCUUUCCGUGGAGGGUUCAGAGGUCGCGGCCGUGGGAGAGGGCGAGGACGAGGGCGAGGCCGAGGCGGUGGCAGAGGUCACUAUGAUUACCACUACAGCUACAAGACCUACGAUGGAAAAGACGGACCGUACGGCCAGAAAUACAGCAACUCUGUCACCUACUACUACGACAACAUGAGCAGCAACGAUCUGUACUCCGUGGAUCAGGACCUGCUGAAGGACUACAUCAAGAGGCAGAUAGAAUACUACUUCAGCCUGGACAACUUGGAGCGGGACUUUUUCCUGAGGAGGAAGAUGGAUCAGGAGGGCUUCCUGCCCAUCGGACUCAUCGCCAGUUUCCACAGAGUUCAGGCUCUCACUACAGAAGUCAACCUAAUUAUAGAGGCUUUGAAGGACAGCAAAGAGGUGGAGGUGAUCGACAUGAAGAUCCGUCGGAAGCAGGACCCAGAGAAGUGGCCUCUUCCUGGUCUGAUGAUGCCCAACCACACGGACUUCUCCCAGCUCAUCAACUGCCCCGAGUUCAUCCCCAGACAACCGACUGAUGAGCUUAAAGGCUCCUCCAGGUCCUCCAGCCCAAUGCAACCACAGACCAAGACUGAACCAGACAUCUCCAACCUCAAGACAAUGCCCAAAGGCCUCUCUGCCAGUCUGCCUGAUCUGGACUCAGAGUCCUGGAUCGAGGUGAAGAAGAGACCCAGACCAUCUCCGGCCAGACCCAAGGCCCCUUCGUUGCAGCAACAAAAAGAAAAGGACGAGGCGCUUCGGUCUCCGAUUGCUCCGCCCGGCUCCUCACCAACCCCUGCCGUCUCAGCAAAUAAGGACGGAACCGAGCAAGACGAGCCGGAGGAGCUGGACUUCAUGUUUGACGAAGAGAUGGAGCAGAUAGACGGACGCCGCAACACCUUCACUGACUGGUCGGACGAGGACACGGACGGCGAGCUCGACGACCACGACGUCAACAAGAUCCUGAUCUUGACGCAGACACCUCCUUACCUGAGGAAACACCCGGGGGGCGACCGCACGGGGCAGCACACGUCCCGCGCCAAGCUGACGAACGAGCUGGCCAAAGUGAUCAACGACGGGCUCUUCUACUACGAGAAGGACCUGUGGGACGACAAUUACGAGCCCGAGUACGCCACCAUUAAGCAAGAGGUGGAGAACUUCAAGAAGGUCCACCUGAUCAGCCGCGAACAGUUCGACUGUCUCACACCAGAACCCCCUGUUGACCCCAACCAGGAAGUCCCCCCAGGUCCCCCACGGCCCCAGCAGAUUCCUACUGAUGCGUUGGCCAACAAGCUCUUCGGCGCCCCUGAACCUUCCUCCAUAGCCCGCUCGCUCCCCACUACCGUGCCUGAGUCGCCGAACUACCGCAGUGCCCGAACGCCGCGCACGCCCCGCACCCCCCACCGGAAGGACCCGACCAUGACGCCGCGCUUCUACCCCGUGGUGAAAGAGAGUCGACCUGUCGAUGCCAAGACGCCCAGGAAGAGGAAGACUCGGCACAGCUCAAACCCACCCCUGGAGUGUCACGUCGGCUGGGUGAUGGACUCCAGGGAGCACCGCUCUCGCACCGCCUCCGUCAGCUCCAACGCCAGCCCGUCAGAAGGCACCCCCGCCCUGAGCAACAUCGGCUGCACGCCUCAGUCCCUCCCCAAGUUCCAGCACCCGUCACACGAGCUGCUGAAGGAGAACGGCUUCACGCAACACGUUUACCACAAGUACCGCCGGCGCUGCCUCAACGAGAGGAAGCGAUUGGGGAUCGGACAGUCGCAGGAGAUGAACACUCUCUUCCGGUUCUGGUCGUUUUUCCUGCGGGAUCACUUCAACAGAAAGAUGUAUGAGGAGUUCAGACAGCUGGUGGUGGAGGACGGGAAAGAAGGUUACAGGUACGGUUUGGAGUGCUUGUUCAGGUACUACAGCUACGGUCUGGAGAAGAAGUUCAGGCCCGACAUCUUUAAGGACUUCCAGGAGGAAACUAUGAAAGACUACGAAGCCGGUCAGCUUUAUGGACUGGAGAAGUUCUGGGCUUUCCUCAAGUACUCCAAAGCCAAAACUAUGGAGAUCGACCCGAAGCUGCAGGAGUACCUGAGCAAGUUUAAACGCCUGGAAGAUUUCAGGAUUGAUCCGCCGAUGGAGGACGGGAGCCGCAAAAGACACCCGUCCAGUGGGGACGGCCGGCGCCGGCACCCAUCGCUGCCCUCCAGCCGGCCUCACAGCCAGGCGAGCGGGGGCCCCGCCCCUGCCGGCGCUCAGGGCCACACAGUCAAGGAUGUUGCCAAACCCACCAACCAGAAAGGCCCCGCCCCCAAGAAUGAAUCUGCACCGGACACCAAAACACUGAAGUAACUCCCGACACGAGCACACCGGCCCGUAUGGAUCCACCCGCCC